AUGGUGAGACGGGCGUCGUCGCAACUCGGUGGAUUCGAGGGAGAGUUUGAACUCCCUGAAGACUUGGACGCGUACGUCGACGAGAUGGAAUUCGGCCCGGACGUCUACGCCGUGCUCGGAAGCGCCGGUCCCGAUGAACUACUUCCGGGCGUGCAGCCAAAAUCAAAAGGCGAAGGUGGAAUGCUCAUGUCCACAGAGGGAGGAAGGAACGCGACGCUUUUGCGAAUCAAGUUGCUCAAGGAGCACUUGUUCGCCAAAGACGCGGACAAUCUUCACGCGAACGAUCUUGUCAACGCGGUAGCGCAAGCGACAUUCGAUGAAGGUGCGACGCAACCGCCUCCUGUAAACGUUACGUCUUACCAAGACAAGCUCAAGCGCGAGAUUGAGCAAGACAAGGAAAUUUUGGAAAAGCACGAAGCGAUGCUCGCCGCGCGCGCCGCGGCAAGGCUUUCCGGAUACGGAAAAGUCGUGGGCGGCGCAUCUAACGUCAACGGAGCCGUCGUCUCUAACGCAAUUAACGUCGACUUCUGCUGGAAAGAUUCAUACGGCCGAGGCGCGGGCAAAAUCCCGAAUCAUUGCCCCGCACAUAAGGAAACCCUCGCGGGUGGAGUCUUCUGUUAUACCAAGUGCCACCACCUCGGCAAUUAUUAUCGUUUUGGGUACGACUGCCAUCAACGCUGUGGCUCUGGCUUCACUGAUCACGGCCUUCUCUGUUAUAGUGGUAAUCACGGCCGUGGUGUCGGUGAAAUCCGGUGCGGUUGGACUACUUGGGCGUCUGAUUCUUCCACCCUCGGAGAACACAAAUCCUCCGGUCGUCGUCUACUGGGUGGGGCGGCGAAGACGAGACUCGUAUGCGGAGGAAGUAUGUGCGGGAAUUAUCAAGAUUGCCUCGGUUUGUGCUAUCCUCACUGUCCAGGGUCACACCCGCACUGGAUCGGCUGCAACCUGUGCGGCGUCGAUUGCGUCAGGAACGGUUAUAACUCGGGAAUCGCACCGAGUUGCCCAAAAAAGAUAUACUGCUCGCACGGUAUGGAAGCGGCCACAUGUGCUCCUGGUGAUGAGUAUGACGCCGGUCUGUGUUACCCGAAGUGCAGAUCUGGCUUCAAUGGUGUAGGUCCCGUUUGCUGGGGAACCGCGCCGACGGUGAGUGGCAAGAAGUGGGUCGAUUGCGGCAUGGGUGCGGCGAGUGACGACGCCGCUUGCGGAUCUGCUGUUACAAAUCAGAUCCUCGGACCGCUCGAAAUCGUCGCGUUUGUGGCGUCUGCUGGAUCAUCUGGAGCUGCUACGACGGGUGCCAAGAGCGGGGCCCGCGCUGCCACUAAAGUUGCACAAGCCGGAAGUAAGGCCUCUGCUCUCAAAGACGCGGCGAAGGCCUUAGACAAAGCCAUGGAGGUUCACGGCAAGCACACAGGGUAUAUGAGUACUAUGAGCAGCAUCGCCAAUGUACAAUCAGAGACGGAUGCUGUUCGUGCGGCGGCGGAGCUCGCAUCACUCAUCGAUCCGACUGGUGUCAGUAGCACCGUCGCGGCGUACGCGUUCGACACGUGCGACAAGAUCCACGGGAAAGCGUCUUGA